CAGAAACAAUAAUUCUAUCUGCUAUUGGCUUAGAUGAGUGAAAGAAUUCACGGUCAAUCUGGGGUAAAGUGAUUACUAAAGCCGAGUUGAUUCCUGGAACGAGAGCAGAGCAGAGUGAAUAUCGUCAAUUACCGUGAAACAUGAGAUCAAUUUUAUCUACAAAAAGUCAAGAUAUCGGCGUGCUCAUACUAGCUCGAGGGGGCUCGAAAGGGAUUCCCUUGAAAAAUCUACAAACAGUUGGUGGAAUAAGUCUUUUGUGUCGCGCAAUUAUCACAGCCAGAAGAUCUGAUUUGAAACAAGUGGUUGUGUCCACGGAUCAUCCAUUAAUUGCUUUGGAGGCAGUGACUUGUGGUGCUACUCCUUUUAAACGUAGUAAAGUAACGGCCACUGACUGGGCUCCGUCCAUUUGGGGAGUUCAAGAAUAUUUGUGGUCUAAUAGUGAAAUAAAUACAUUAGUUUUGAUUCAAGCCACGUCACCGCUUACGAAACCUUCACAGUUAAGGCUUGCUUUAAAUAAACUAAAUAUACCAAAACCGGUCGAUUGUGUCUUUUCAGUAGCUAGAAGCUAUAGUUUACGCUGGCGUUACGAAAAUGGGAAUGUAUUUCCCUUGAAUUUUCAUGUUUUCAAUCGGCCUAGGCGUCAGGAUUGGAAAGGAGAAUUAAUAGAAACAGGUGCAUUUUAUGUUUCCAGAAGAACGAUAUUGGAAAAAGGCUUAUUUCAAAAUAAUAAGUUAGGUGAAAGAUUUUUAUGUAUUUUAAGGAUAACGUGGUAAAAUUAAAAAAAAACUUUAUGCUAGUAGCAAUUGCAAGUUCCGUAGUUUAAUAUUGCUAAUUAUUAACAAAGUUACAUAAGAUGGAAGGUAUUGAUGAUAUAGAGCACAUAGCUUCGGACCAUGAUCAACUAAUUAGUGUGAUUUCCAAAUUAGAUAAAACUCAGCAUAUAAUAGAGCCCACACGCAACGAGCCCACAAACAUCAAUUCAGAAUUUAAUUUGAUAAAAAAAUCGAAUAAGUCAAUUUUGAAAAAUGUUUCUAACAUUUUGAGUGAUACUGCUUCACAUGUAGAGAUUACGAAAAAAUUGCUGAAAAGCCAGGAAGAGUCCAAGGUCUUAAGUAAACCAUUAGAAAAACCACAGGUUGAGCGUAUAAAGCGAGCGACAGGAUAUUUAGAAACAAAAAAGAAAGUUGGUCGGUGGGACCCCAUUGUUGCUCGCAGUCGAACAGUGGACCAGGUUUUCUUUCCUUUGAAAAAAGCAGAAAAUAGAUUGCAGCCAACGCAAGCCUUCAUUUCAAAAUUAAAAACUAAAUCUGAACUAGAACGCGAAUUGGAGGCAGUAGAUCCACCAGAUAUUGUUCAGGAAGACGAUGAGGAAGAACAGGUGUACCCAAUGUCGUAUGAAGAAAUGGUUGAACACAGGCAACAUUUGGCAAAAAUACGAGCUCAAGAAUCAUAUAGAGCUGCAAAAGCUAAACGCCAAAGUAAAAUCAAGAGCAAGAAAUAUCAUAGAAUUUUGAAGAAAGACAGGCUAAAACAACAGUUAAAAGAGUUUGAAGAAUUACAAAAAAGUAAUCCAGAGGAGGCCUUAAAGAAAUUGGAGGCUCUGGAAAAAUCUAGAGCAUUAGAAAGACAUACACUGCGGCAUAAGAACACUGGAAAGUGGGCAAAAAAUAAAAUGAUCAGAGCAAAGUAUGAUAAAGAGGCUCGGCAAGAAAUAGCAGAACAGUUAGCAGUUAGUCGAAGUUUGACACAAAAGACACAAGACCCUGAUAGUUCAGAUGAUGAUGCAGAAGAUAAUGUAGUUAUUCCUGAUAUUGCUUUAGCACAAGACCCGAUGAAUCCUUGGAUGUUGAAACAAAACAAUAAGUCUAAUGUUGAUGCAGAAUUUGAUUUCGGCUACAAAAAAUAUUUGAAAGGAAAAAUGUUUAAACAUAAAGAAGACAGUGGUAGUGAAGAUGAAGCAGAAAAAAAUAAUGAUACUACAAAAGCAUGUUCUGAUGCUGGAUUAAAUACUUUAAAAAAUAAAAUUGAGAAAAUAUUUAACAACAAAAAUGAAAGUGCACAAAUUGAUAAAAAUAUUGAAGAAGACAACAGUACUGAACAAAAUCAAUCAGAUCUGAAUCAACCAAUUCAGAACAAUUCCAAUAUUACAAAAAACAAGAUUGUUGAAACAGAACAAAAACAAAAAGAAAACAAAAUGAAGAAAAAUAAAGAAACUCUUAACAAUAAUAAAAAAUCCCUUAAAACUAAACUGGUAGCAACAUCUUAUUGGACUGUUGAACCUGUAGAGAAUAAAGAUAAAAAGUACACUGAAGGUGUUGGGGGUGCAUUUGAUAAUUUGGAAAGAAACAUAUCGAAACAAGUUAAUAUGAAAUUAGAUAUUUUCAGGAGGAAAUUAAGAAAGCUUGAACAGCUAACAGCUUCAAAGAGUAAAAAGAAAUCCAAAAGAAUAGGAAACAGUGAAUCAUAUAUACCUGAGAAUAAUUUGGAGUACUUAAAAUUAGCAACUCAAAAUAAGAAAGCUAUAAUUGAUGAACAGUUACUAGAAACUACUUCAAAAACUAUUCCUACUGAAGAAACAAUAUCUGAUGAUAUUAUGUCGAGGGCUAUGCUACAUAACAAGAUUCCAGCUGAGGAACCUACAAACUCAAACAUUGAUCCCAGUAAAUUUAUUGAGGUCAAACCGAAAUUCUUAAACUCUGAAAUAUCUCGACAAGAAACUGAAUUAGAUGUUUUAGAUGAUGAACAAGUUGUACCAAAAGUCAAUAUAGAAGAAGUAUUUGAGGAAGAUGAUGUUGUAGCUAGCUUUAGGCAAGAAAAAGAAGAUGAGGCUAAUAAAGAUAAGCCCGAAGAUAUUAACUUGACUCUGCCAGGAUGGGGAGCGUGGGGAGGAAAAGGAGUGAAAGCACCGAAACGAAAAAGAAAUAGAUUCAUUACUAAAUUUGCCCCAAAAACUCCCAGGAGGGAUGAGAACAAAGGUGAUGUAAUCAUUAAAGAAUACAAGGAUCUAAAAUUGGAUGCACAUAAAGUAAAAGAACUCCCAUAUCCUUUCAACAGUGUUAAAGAAUUCGAGGCCUCACUAAGAGCUCCAUUAGGCAACACAUUUAUACCUGAGACUGCACACCGAAAACUUACACGUCCAAAUGUUGUCACUAUGGCAGGCGCUAUUAUAGAACCUAUGGAUGAAGAUGAAUUGUUACAAAAGAAGAAUCGUACCUUUAAAUCAUCCAACGUGAUACAAUUCAUAAAUAAAGAUGGUUGAUUA